UUCGGAAGUCUGAUAUCACUGGUUGGCUGCGCAUGUAAUCUCCUGUUAUUAUUCCUUUUCCUGUCGAGGAGUCUUAGUAAUCCCUUCCAUACAUUUCUUGCUUUCCUCGAUUUUAUGCUUUGCUUCUUAUUUAUUGCCUGUUUUGGAGCCCUCACUCUAUCAGUCACUUUCAGGAUAGAAUGGUUGUAUACACUGGUAAAGAACAACAACGUUCUUAUGCUUAUUGCAAGUCGGAUUGUUCAACUUUGUAUCCCAUAUACUCUUAUCGCCAACACCGCCUUCCGAUUGGCAUCAAUUACUCAACGAUCACGACCACACAAACGAAGUCGAAAUUUGCAAAUAACUGUGGUGGUGAUUGCUUCCACAGCAGUGUUUUUGCGGCUGCCGGGUUAUUUCUUUAUUGAAGUGGUUGAUCUUCCCUACUGUGAUUUUUUCGAAAGUCGCGUUUUAUCGGGAAAGGUUGUGGAUCCAUUAGUGGCGAAGAUGUACACUAUAAGUGACGUUCUUAUACAGUUCCUUCACCUGUUCGUCUCGUUUAUAAUUCUUUGUGUGCUGAAUUGUGUUGUAAUACAAAAGCUGAGAAAUUCACAUGAACGUGCAAGACGGCAGUCGUUGUGUCCAACGAUUACCUACCCGGAUAAACGAAAUAUCGAUGCAGAAGAAGAGGAACGACGAGAGCGUAAAACUCUUCGAUGUACAGUGAAGACUACAAUAGUGAUCAUUUCUUCAUACUUGGCAUGUAAUAGUGUCAAUUUCAUCUUGUACUGCAUAGAAAUGUUCAACUCAAGCCUUACACAGGAUGAUAUGGGAUACUUCGACGUGUUUUAUGUGGUGGCCAGCGAUUUGGGAACAAACCUAUUUGUAUUGUCGUCUACAAUACGAAUCUUCGUCUACUACAAGUAUAAUCCUACGAUUCGUGACCAAAUCCGAAGUGUCACCGUUGUUAAAGUUCUGCUUCCAUGA